GAACUGCUUCGGCGGACCGCAGUUUGCGCCGGAGCCCAACUUCGAUUGCCUCAGCGAAGUCUGCAGCCCGUUUGCUGCCGCCGGCCUGUGCGGCUCGUCGGCACCGCCGGCGGCGGCGGCGGCGGCGGCGGCGGCGGCGCAUGCUGCCAUCCACGAGGAGAUGAGCUGCGGCGGCGCCUCCGGAGGCGGUCGGAAUAUCUGCAAGGCCGAGCAGAAGCAGUCGGCCGGCACGCCGGAGCCGCUGAUGCUCGCCGCCAGCUCUUGCCUCGAGAGAAAGAACGCCAGGCCGAAGAAGGCGGACGGCCUGCCUUCCAAGAACCUGAUGGCGGAGAGGCGGCGGAGAAAGCGGCUCAACGAUCGGCUCUCCAUGCUCCGAUCCGUCGUGCCCAAGAUCAGCAAGAUGGAUAGAACGUCCAUCCUCGGAGACACAAUCGAUUACAUCAAAGAGCUCAUGGCACGGAUCAAAGCCCUGCAAGAGGAGGCCGAGGCCGAGUCCGAUCCGCGGAACCGGCCGAAUCAGUUAGGUGCCUUGAAGGAUCAGCUGAAUCCGAGUGAGACGACGCUCAUGAGGAGCUCCACCAAGUUCGAUGUCGAGAGGAGAGAGGGGGACACCCGCGUAGAGGUUUGCUGCGCGGCGAAGCCCGGGUUGUUGCUUUCGAUGGUGAGCACGCUGGAUGCUCUCGGUUUGGAGAUCCAUCAGUGUGUUGCGAGCUGCUUCAGUGAUUUUGGGAUGCAAGCUUCUUGCUUGGAAGACAAGGAGCAAACAGAGCUCAUCAGCUCUGAAGAGAUAAAGCAAGCUCUCUUCAGGAAUGCAGGUUACGGCGGGAGGUCUCUUUAGUUAGGAGUUCGGAGCUAGAAGAAGAGAAGCCGCAGUGGGGGAGAACUUGAAGAAGCUCUUGUUUUGGGUGCGAGAAUUGAGAGAUGGGCUUGAAUUAAUGACUAGAGCUGACUCAUUUGUUGUAAGCAUCGUGCUAAACAACGGAUGCUUAAUUUGUUCCUUUUUCGCGGAUUGUAGUAUCUUUUGGUACCGUUUGCAUUGCUCUUCCUGCAACGGAAUUUACAAAUUAGAAGUGUUUUUUCGAUGCCUAAACCAAAAGCUUCAGUUUAGAGUUUUCGUUUUUGCCGCAGAAACGAAGCUAUUCACAUGAUUUUACCAUAUGUAGCAUUUCUUCUGAUUAAUAAACAGCACCACCAUCUUCGGAAUAA